AUGUGGACUAUUCUGGACCGCGGAUGCUGGGGGUUCUUCUGCCUGUCCCUAUUGGCGUCUGUCGUCUGCGGUGCGCAAAGAGCCAACGAACCUAGCAACAUGUCCUUUGUGAAAGCCACGGUGGACAAGCUGCUGAAGGGCUAUGACAUCCGACUGCGGCCUGAUUUUGGAGGCGCCCCUGUGGAUGUCGGCAUGAGCAUAGACAUCGCCAGCAUCGACAUGGUGUCUGAAGUCAACAUGGACUACACCAUCACCAUGUACUUCCAGCAGUCCUGGAGAGACAAGCGCCUCUCCUACACAGGCAUUCCUCUCAAUCUCACUUUGGAUAACCGGGUGGCAGACCAGCUCUGGGUCCCUGACACCUACUUCAUUAAUGACAAGAAGUCUUUUGUACAUGGGGUGACAGUCAAGAACCGGAUGAUUAGACUGCAUCCUGAUGGAACUGUGCUCUACGGUCUCAGGAUCACCACGACAGCUGCCUGCAUGAUGGACCUGCGCAGAUACCCACUAGAUGAGCAGAACUGCACCUUGGAGAUUGAGAGCUAUGGAUACACCACUGACGACAUAGAAUUCUACUGGCAGGGAGGAAGCAACGCAGGCUCAGUCACUGGUGUGGAGAACAUUGAACUGCCCCAGUUCGACAUUAUAGACUACCAAACCCAAUCCAAGAAAGCUGUGUUUGCCACAGGCUCUUAUCCACGUCUGUCCCUGAGCUUUAAGCUGAAGAGGAACAUUGGCUAUUUCAUCCUGCAAACCUAUAUGCCCUCCACCCUGAUCACGAUCUUGUCCUGGGUCUCCUUCUGGAUCAACUACGAUGCCUCGGCUGCCAGAGUAGCCUUAGGUAUAACCACGGUUCUGACAAUGACCACCAUCAAUACCCACCUUCGGGAGACUCUUCCCAAGAUCCCCUACGUCAAGGCCAUUGACAUUUUCCUCAUGGGUUGCUUUGUGUUUGUCUUUCUGGCCUUGCUGGAGUAUGCCUUUGUCAACUACAUCUUCUUCGGUCGAGGUCCCCACCUGCAGAAGAAGGUGGCAGAAAAGGCUGCCAAGUCCAACAACGAGAAUAAGAGUAGACUGGAGAGCAACAAAGUGCAGGUGGGAAAGGGGCUUAACUCUUUGGUUAAUGACAUCACGCUAAGCCAACACUUGGUCAUCAGAAGGCACCUUCCUCAGGUCGAUGCUCAUGGGAACAUCCUCCUGACCAACCUAACCAGUGAGAUGAGUGGAGCAGACAUGAUGGGCGUUCUCAACGACCCUCGGGCUACCAUGUUCUCUUAUGACAGUGCCAGCAUACAGUACCGUAAACCCAUGACCAGCCGAGACCUAUAUGGGCGACCACCCAUUGACCGGCCAGUGGGCAACAAGAAGGGCCGCUUGCGGAGGAGGGCCUCCCAGCUCAAAGUCAAGAUCCCUGACCUCACGGAUGUCAACGCCAUAGACAAGUGGUCUCGCGUCAUCUUCCCAAUCGCAUUCACCUUCUUCAACCUGGUCUACUGGCUUUACUAUGUUCAUUAA